AUGGUAGUGGUCAAAUACCGGAACGCGUCUGCGGAUCCCGGAGAUAGCGAUGGCGAAAGUAUUCGUGCAAUCCAAAAACAUUCCUCUCUCUGGGUGGUGUCAUACAUCGGCGCUGUUACUGACCCCAGUGUCCCGCUCGACGCACGCUUACGAGACGACGGGAAAACGAAGGCCAUGGUGGUCGGGCUCCUACACUCGAUCGAUAAAAGCCUUCGCCGACUUGAUGCUUUUAACCCAGCGGUGGAGCAAGAGAAGAAGAUCGUAUAA